AGGAGUCGCGUCCUGCAAGCCUUCACAGGUUCACUAUGGCGGCUAUGUUGGUGUUCAUGGUGGUGGUGGCGGCGGCCCGAGCCAUGAUGACCUAUCCUGGUGAGGAGAUGAGUACCAGGCAACUUCUCCAGAUGAACAAACGAGAUGAUAUAGCGUUCCUGCCGGAGGACCCGUGUUCACGACAGGGCGGGAUAUGUGGCCUGCUGGAGGCCUGUCCCCCCAAUGAGCGUCACGCCCCCGGCCUGUGUCCUGCCCAGCAGCAGGACGGUGUUGAGUGCUGCAGGAUAGUGCCCACCAACAUCGGGGACUGCCAGAGACGAGGAGGCGAGUGUAUGCCCGCGCCUGCAUGUGGGAAUGCCCCAAAAGAUGCCCUGGGUAAGUGUUCCCAGGGCGAUAUUUGCUGCAUACUCCUCCGUUAGUACGGCGCCCCGUCCUCCCAGUCCCCAGGUCCUCAGUCAUCUGGAUACAACAGUCACCAGGUCCUCAGUCAUCUGGAUACAACAGUCCCCAGGUCCUCAGUCAUCUGAAUACAACAGUCCCCAAGUCCUCAGUCAUCUGGAUACAACAGUCCCCAGGUCCUCAGUCAUCUGGAUACAACAGUCCCCAGGUCCUCAGUCAUCUGGAUACAACAGUCACCAGGUCCUCAGUCAUCUGGAUACAACAGUCCCCA